CCCCACACAGACAGCACACUGCUCCCCACCUCGACCAGCGCCUCCUCCACAUAGUUCGACGACUCUGUAUAUAUACUGACAAAAUAUGAGACCUGCAAUUAACGUAAUGUUGCUCCACCUUUGCUGAGAAAAAUGCAUAAAAUGGGAACAUUCAACUGGCGCAGGCCGUGUUAGAGUUAAGUAAACAGUGCCAUACUCUAUUACAAAAUUAAUCUUGAAGACAUUAUAGGCAUUACUAUCAGAGAACUGUUACUUCAGAUCAGUAUGUAACUGUCUUGUUCUUAUCGGUCGUGUAUUUUGAUCAGAUCGUGUGCACUUGCCACAGUUUAGCAAGUCGUUAAAAUAUAAUCAGUUGGAAUAUAGGACAAAUUACUUAUACAAUACAGUGUACUGUAUGAGCCAAAUAAACUUGUGCUUUUUUUAGGCAAGAUGAGGUUAAGGGGAGUGUGGCACUGGAGUGUAGGAGUGGUGGUGGUGGUCGCUGUAGCAGCAUACCACAACACACAUGCUGGUGAUGAUCCUACAUCUCCCUCCCUCUCGCCUCAGCACCACGCCCUCUACAUUGUUACACGCAAGUUACGUUCGGGUCAGAAGGACAACGCCUCCAGUUACUGGCCAGUAAAAGCAAGAGAGAAUAAUAACACGCAAGUUCAUAGUGAUUUUUCUAACGUUUUUCAAGAUAUAAUCUCCCCUGACAGCCGGGGAAUGAAGGUGGGAAGAGACAAUAUAACACCAGCUCCGACUGAGAGUGAGCUACAUAAUGAUGUGUCAGGAGUGACAGCCAAUGGUCAGCUGGUAAAUGGUUGGUUGUGGAGUCUGGCCAACCCUGGAUGGCUGUACCAGCGAGUAAAACAUUUAUACGAAUCCCUCACUACCCAUCGCCUCUAUUACCACCUGUUGUCCCGCCAGGCCUUUAACACGCUGCUGACGGAGAUGACACACGUGUCUCCUGACGUCCUUACCCCAAACCUGUUCCAGGUGAUAGAUAAACUUUACUAUCAGCUGAACCUAGCAGAAAGCGUUAUGCAUAAUAUCACCUCCGUCAUGCAGACAACUGAGCUUCAUUACUACCUGGAUGACGACACCAUCUUAGAGAUGAUGCACCACCACCUACUGCCAACAUCAUACGUAAAUAUACAGUCGCAUGAUUCCGAGAGUCUCACUCCCUCAAUGCUCGUGGAUUCAGUUGUCUCGACUAGUUUCUCAGACUCCCACACUGCAAGAGUCUCUCUGAAUAAUCCUAAUACAGCUUCCUCAACAAAUGCUAGUUCACGUCUGUUCACUUCACCGGAAGUCACAUUUAACCCGUCUACAACAAGCAAAAGUUAUACUGCUGCCAGCGAGAGUGACAGUGUGCCCAACGUCUCCACCCCAGCUGGUCUUGACUUCCAGCUGCAUGAUUCUCAUCAUAAAAUCUCUUCUCACUCACCCCAUGUUGUUUCUCAACACACUGUACAUACUGGCACCAACACCAAGCUGUUAACAUCUCACCAAAAUGCAUUACAUGAAGCCAUGAGCAAUCCACUUCAACCCACCUGGUCACACCAGGACAUUAGUAUUGCCUCAGGCACAGAGGAUGUAGUGCUGGGUAGUGCCUCCAGCACACCCCAGGAAGAGAUGCUCGCACACCCCUACGACACCAUACCUGGUAUCACACACACACAUACACCUUCUAUACAUAAUGACAGACAAAGUCUGGACCUUCUGAAGAACCAAAGUGUAAGAGGACGCACAAGGAGGAUGGAAAAUAAUAGUGAGAGGUUUGUGGUAUCUUUCAACAUUUCCAAUAACCGUGGCUCUGUGGUGACAGAGAGCGGGGACAUGGUAUUGAGGAGUACUGUCAGUGCUAGACCAGUACUAAGGUCAUUACCACAGGUCCCUGACCUUAUAUCUAGACCACCCCGGUCUGACACUGGUGCUUCCCCACAGCAGCGCCCUUCACCAGGCAGGCCGCUCCACCCUUCCCUUCCCUGGGUUCGACCUGGUACCCUCCCAGGCUAUUCUCAACACCUAGCUAACCCUGCACCACCUCCACCUGAAGCCAUAGACCCUGUUAGUCUACUGAUGUCAGAGGGCGGUACAACAGUGCCACCCAUCACCACCACAGCUGCUCCGGGACCUUCACGUCAGCAGCUCCUUGAUGCACUGGUGCUCCUGGCAGACCUCCACAGCAGUUUUAACCGUGGAGGAAUCAGUGAACUGCCGACGCCCACCAUUAACUUACAGACCCCCCAGACCCCUGGCAAUGAGGUCCAGGUGUCCCUGUCACAACAAGCACCUGGACAAACUCAUCACCUUGGUGCAACCAUUAGUGGGGCUCUAUCACCACCCCUCCCAGGCCCCCAUCCCCAUAGUUCACUCAUCAAUCCUUACCAAGUGCCUUUUUCCCAACCUAACGUGGGAUAUUCUGGAUAUGUUGGUAAUGCCGGAUAUACUAGUUAUCUUGGUUCCCCAUCUUAUUCCUACCCAGGUAGCCCAUACCCUCAGUAUCCUUACCCGCCGCCAUAUCCCUAUCCAUACCCGCCACCGUCACACAUAUGCCAGGGAGGAGGAGCUUCCACCAGCACCUCUACAGGGCCAGGGUCAGCGGCAGCAGCCGCUGCAGCAGGCGGUGGGUGUGGUGGUGGCUCAACAUCGUCAUCAACAUCAGUAGGUCAGAGUGCAGGGGCAGCACCAGGAUCUAUGUCUGUGCACACCAACACAGGUGGUGGCUCUCAGGUGCAGCUUGUGAGUGCACCAGUUCCUGCUCUGGCACCUGCUGCACCUCCCCUGGCCUCCCAAUCUGCUGCACCUCCCUUAGCCUCCCCACCUGCUGCCCCUCCCCCUACACCAGCUCCACCUUUCACCUUCAGCUUCAACACAGGCUCCACCACAACGGAGGCACCUUCAGUGUCACAGGAGGAAUAUGGACAAGUAGUGGCGGCACUCAGCACACUGAUGGGCUACCUCAACCGCACCUCAACGCAACCUCAGGCAACAACCACAACGGUGAGACCACGACGUGGAGGAAUCGCUGGACUACUGCAAAAUGCAUUCAGGCGUGGCAGCAGCAGAACUACAGCGAGCACACCGAGUCCAAACCUGCCUUUAAAUACACAAGUGGCAGCUCAACAAACACCAAUUCCUCACAUUGGUCAACAGCAACAAGGAAGAUACACCUCUUCUCCUGGUUCAUCUUGUUUCAUAUGUUGACAAACUGUACCAAAGUUGAUGACCAAGUGAUGAAAUGGAUGUGCACACCAACACUCCCAAAAAUUUGUUCAUUAACUACAAAUUAUUGCAGCUUAAUAUUAUUCAGCAAUUUCCAUUUACUGUACAGUACUUGUUACUCAUAUGUACCUACAUCUCUGAAGCAUUUUAUAUACAGUAUGCAGUAAACCCUCGAAGAUCCGGACCCGGGAAAUCCGGAUUUCGGAAGAUCCGGAAUUUUUUUUGGGGGGGGUUUCUGGCUAAGAAGCCUUCUAGAAGUUUCCCUAAGAAACAUUUCUAAACCAGAGCAAAGAACAUUUGAGACCCGUGGGCACUGCUUGACCCGUCAGUUGCUUGGACACAGAUGCCCGAGGAGGUGGGAAACAUAAACAAAGUUGACACUUGUUGUUUGUGGGAAUAUUAUUUCAUUCACUCUAGUAAUGACACAAUGUUUUUUAUUUUGUUAUCAAGGGUAAAUGCUUGGUUUAUAUACGGAAAUUUGUUUAUCAUUAUAUUAGUACUGUACUGUAUUUUGGUGUUUCUUAUUUCAUUUAUUACUCACUGGAAAAUUCGGACAAUCGGCUUUUCCGGACAGGUGGUUCCCCCUUUUAGUCCGGAUCUUCGAGUGUUCACUGUACUACUAAACUGUAUACAGUUUUAAUAUUAACAAUUAAGUACAGUAAUACCCCGCUUUACGCGGUCAAUUGAACCCACGGAGGCCUGCGUAAAGCGGGAAAUGC